ACCUGAAACUGCUAGUGUUACCGGCUUCGAGUUGAACUCGAAUGGGAAUGGAGUCGGCGGAGUUAGCGGAGCGCGAGUCCGACUCGGUGCGCCGGGGAUCGGGAUCGGGAUCCGGAAACCCGAGGCUGGUUAUCAACGAAAUGGUGAUGAGAAACUUCAAAUCCUACGCCGGAGAGCAGCGUGUUGGGCCCUUCCACAAGAGUUUUUCUGCAGUGGUUGGACCCAACGGCAGUGGAAAAAGCAAUGUGAUAGAUGCAAUGCUAUUUGUCUUUGGAAAGCGAGCGAAACAGAUGCGGCUUAACAAAGUUUCAGAGCUUAUCCAUAAUUCAACUAAUCAUCAGAAUCUGGAUAGCGCUGGUGUUUCUGUUCAUUUUCAGGAUAUAAUUGAUCUGGAUGAUAGUACCUAUCAAGCUGUGCCUGAAAGUGACUUUGUAAUCACGCGUGUAGCAUUUCGGGAUAACUCAUCUAAGUAUUACAUUAAUGACCGGCAAAGUACUUUCACUGAGGUUACUAAGAAGUUGAAAGGGAAAGGAAUUGACCUGGACAACAAUCGAUUCUUGAUUCUUCAGGGAGAAGUUGAGCAGAUUUCAUUGAUGAAACCGAAAGCUCAAGGACCUCAUGAUGAGGGCUUUCUUGAAUAUCUAGAGGACAUAAUUGGAACUGACAAAUAUGUAGAGAAAAUUGAUGAAUCAUAUAAGGAGCUUGAAUCACUCAACGAGAAAAGGUCUGGGGUCGUGCAGAUGGUCAAAUUAGCAGAGAAAGAACGAGAUGGUUUAGAGAAUGUCAAGAAUGAUGCAGAAGCCUACAUGCUGAAAGAGUUGUCUCUCCUGAAAUGGCAAGAAAAAGCCACAAAGUUGGCUCAUGAAGAUACUAGCAUGAAAAUUGCAGAAGUGGAGGCAAAUUUAACUAGCUUCGAGGAGAAUCUAAAGGCCAAAAGGGAGACGAUUCAAGAAAGUACAAAAUCGUUGAAAGAGCUUGAGGUUGUGCAUAACAAAUAUAUGAAGAGACAGGAGGAACUUGACAACCAAAUGAGACUUCACAAGGAACAGUUUAAGGACUUUGAAAGGCAAGAUGUUAAAUACCGGGAAGAUUUGAAGCAUUUGAAGCAAAAGAUCAAGAAACUUGAAGAUAAAGUUGAAAGGGAUUCCUCAAAAGUUGAUGGCUUACUGAAGGACUGUGAUGACUCGACUACUUUGAUUCCACAACUUGAGAAUAAUAUCCCAAAAUUGCAAAAGAUCUUGUUAGAUGAGGAGAGAAUCUUAGAGGAAAUAAUAGAGAAUUCUAAAGUGGAAACUGAGAGAUACCGCUCUGAGCUUGCAAAGGUUCGUACUGAUUUAGAACCAUGGGAAAAGCAGCUCAUUGAUCAUAAGGGAAAACUUGAAGUUGCAUGUACUGAAAGCAAACUAUUGAGUGAAAAGCAUGAAGAUGGUCGUGCAGCUUUUGAGGAUGCAGGUAAGAAGAUGGAGAGCAUAUUGGAGAAGAUUGAAUCAAAAAGUGCAAGCAUUGCUAGAAUACAAGGUGAUAUUGAAAAACACAUGCUUGAAGCAAAGGAAGCUCGUAAAGUGGAACAAGAAUGCACCAAGGAGCAGGAAGAACUGAUUCCUCUUGAACAAGCUGUGAGACAAAAGGUUGCAGAACUCAGAUCCAUCUUGGAAUCUGAGAAAAGUCAGGGAUCAGUUUUAAAAGCCAUUCUGCGGGCUAAGGAAUCCAAUGAAAUAGGGGGAAUAUAUGGCCGGAUGGGUGACUUAGGUGCUAUUGAUGCAAAAUAUGAUGUUGCUAUAUCAACGGCAUGUCCUGGACUUGACUAUAUUGUGGUGGAAACAGCGACAGCUGCCCAAGCAUGUGUUGAGCUGCUUCGCAGGGAGAAACUUGGUGUUGCAACUUUCAUGAUAUUGGAGAAGCAACUUGAUCUUUUGCCAAAGUUGAAGGAGAAUGUAAACCCACCAGAGGGAGUUCCGCGCCUUUUUGAUUUAAUAAAAGUUCAGGACGAAAGAAUGAAGCCUGCUUUCUAUGCAGCAAUGGGUAAUACUGUUGUAGCAAAGGAUCUUGAUCAGGCAGCACGUAUUGCUUAUGGAAAUAACCAUGAAUUUCGACGGGUGGUUACUCUCGAUGGUUCACUGUUUGAGAAAUCUGGUACUAUGAGUGGUGGGGGAAAUAAGCCACGUGGUGGAAAGAUGGGCACGUCUAUUCGUGUGAACAGUGUGUCUGGAGAAGCCGUUUCAAACGCUGAGAAGGAGCUCUCUACAAUGGUUAACACAUUAAAUAGUAUCCGCCAGAAAAUUUCUGAUGGUGUAAGACGAUACCAAGCCUCAGAAAAAGCAGUUGCACACUUGGAGAUGGAGUUGGCUAAAACCAAUAAAGAGAUUGACAGUCUGAAUUCAGAACAUGGUUAUCUUGAGAAACAACUGGAUUCCCUGAAGGCUGCAUCACAGCCAAAAGAGGAUGAACUUAAUAGGCUGGAGGAUCUCAAGAAAAUUAUUUCUGCAGAACAAAAGGAGAUUGGUAGACUUAUUCAAGGCUCAAAGAAGCUGAAGGAGAAGGCUUCAGAGCUUCAGAGUAAAAUUGAGAAUGCUGGAGGUGAAAGACUGAAAGCACAGAAGUCUAAGGUCACUAAGAUUCAAUCUGAUAUUGAUAAAAAUAGCACAGAGAUUAACCGUCACAAAGUUCAAGUAGAGACUGGCCAGAAAAUGAUAAAAAAGUUGACAAAGGGGAUUGAGGAGUCUAAGCAGGAAAAGGAGCGAGUUAUUGAGGAGAAGGACAAGUUGAGAGGAAUUUUCAAAGAAAUAGAAGAGAAGGCAUUUGCGGUUCAAGAGGAUUAUAAAAAUACACAGAAGGCGAUUGAUGACCAUAAAGAUGCAUUAGACAAAGCAAAAUAUGAGUAUGAGAAAGAAAAAAAGGUUAUAGAUGAGAUGCGGGCAUCAGAGGUAGAUGCUCAUUACAAGCUGCAAGACAUGAAGAAAUCAUACAAUGAACUUGAAUCAAAGGAGAAGGGGUACAAGAAAAGGCUUGUUGACUUGCAAAACGAUCUAAUGAGGCAUCUGGAACAAAUUCAGAAAGAUCUUGUUGGCCCAGAAAAGCUUCAAGCGACUGUUACAGAUGAGACUCUCACUAAAGCUUGUGAUCUAAAACGGGCCCUUGAAAUGGUUGUCUUGCUGGAAGCACAACUGAAAGAGAUGAACCCAAAUCUGGAUUCAAUUUCAGAAUAUCGGAGAAAAGUUGCAUUGUAUAAUGAGCGAGUUGAAGAGCUGAAUAUUGUCACUCAACAACGCGAUGAUAUAAAAAAGCAAUACGAUGAAUGGAGAAAGAAAAGGUUGGAUGAAUUCAUGGCAGGUUUCAAUGCGAUAUCUUUAAAGCUGAAGGAAAUGUAUCAGAUGAUCACACUUGGAGGUGAUGCUGAACUUGAACUGGUGGAUUCUUUGGAUCCUUUCUCUGAAGGAGUUGUUUUUAGUGUCAGACCUCCAAAGAAGAGCUGGAAAAAUAUUGCAAACUUAUCUGGUGGGGAAAAGACUCUUAGCUCUUUAGCUCUUGUUUUCGCACUUCAUCACUACAAGCCCACCCCACUAUAUGUUAUGGAUGAAAUUGACGCUGCUCUGGAUUUCAAGAAUGUUUCCAUUGUUGGGCAUUAUGUGAAGGACAGGACAAAGGAUGCACAAUUUAUAAUUAUAAGCCUUAGGAACAACAUGUUUGAGUUGGCUGAUCGGCUUGUUGGUAUCUAUAAAACUGAUAAUUGCACAAAGAGCAUCACCAUCAACCCAGGGAGUUUUUUGGUGUGUGAAAAAGCUUCUUAAGGUGUUGUAGCUUUUCCUUAUAUGAGUUGGUGUCACUAUGAUCUUGUAUAAACUUUUUUUUUUUCGCUGUUGCUGUAAGAUGGCUGUAACUCGCAGAUGUCACAGAUAUUUAUUAUUGAAAGAAGACUUUGCCAAAUUCUUAUUGCCACUUCUAG